UGUGCGUCAGAUCUCAUUGUUUGUCGGAUCUUAUUGGUCAACAAGAGGACAGCAUGUCCACGCGGUCUUGGGCUCCUAAAUAGUUCCUGUUUUGUUUGUCGUUCUGAUCGCGGUCAGUUCAGUUUUUUUUGGCUUUUUGGGCGGACUAUGCUUUGUGCGCGCGCGACGGCGCUGCACCCGGUUGUCCGGUUGGCGCGAGCCACCGCCAGCAGACUGACGUUACGUAAAUGUGCACCUCCGGGUCACCUGAGGAACCCACUGACACAGCCGCUACACCUCCACACCUGGAGCACGCCACGCGCUCUUAAGUCCACGGACGUGGGUUAUUCCCACAGAGGAGCUUCGCUGACGGCGAUGUGGUCCACGCAGAGCGCAGCUUUGUCCACGCAGACGCGCCACACGGGAGGAGACAGGAUUGACGGCGACAAAGGGGAGGAGAAGAAUUUAAAAAGAGGCUUUGACUACCACACCUCGCCUCCGGAGAGGUCCCCGAGCACACAGAACCAGGAGAUCACAAACCCAGUCAGACCCAGCAGCUAAAGAAUGUCUUCAAGGGAGUAUGGAGCUGUUGGAGUCUGUUUUCCACAUCGGGAUCUCCCUAAUGUCCCUCGGAAUGUUCUAUGUCCUCCUAUCCAGUGGAAUCGACAUGGCGGCCCUGCUGUGCAAACUGGGCUUCAGCGAGGCAGUGGUUUGCUCCAGAAUGGCGGCAGGAACCAGCACCUUUGUCUUGGCGUACGCCAUCCACAAGCUCUUCGCUCCGGUUCGCAUUAGUGUCACACUGGUGUCUGUGCCCUUCAUCGUCCGCUACUUCAGAAAGACAGGCCUCUUCAAACCGCCCACGCCGGCACCCUGACUGUUCAUGCUCACAAAAUAAAUGAACACAAUCUCGUAGCUUCAUCUGGAGCGCUUCUGUCUGCUCCUCCUCCUACAAUACGUCUGUUAGUGCAGUUAGAAAUACAAUUCAAGCGUUCCAGUGCUUCAAACAGCAGUGGGUUUGGAUUUGUGUCUUAAAGUUUAACCAUUCCAAACAUCAAGAAGCCAGAAUCGUUCAUUUACAAUCAGAAUUGUGAUCAGGGAUUUGAACUUUUCCAGGUAAGCUCUUUCAGAAGGCCCGAAGUCUGAAUGCUGUGAAGUUUUUGGGGUAGAAAAAGCUGAUUUCUUUGUUCGCUGACGAGGCCAUGUUCUCAUGUUGUGUGAAUCAGCACAAUAAGUCAGGUCUCCUACCACUUCCUUCUCUCAGCCCUUUUCUCUAAUUUUUAAACUCACUCUUUAUUUUCUGACUCUUUAAAAAUUUUCCUUGUCGUGCCUCCUAUUUGCUUUUUGUAGAUCUUUAUUUCCAAAAUGCCACUGCCUAUCUUGUAGCUACUUGUACUUAAUUUAACAGUGAAUUUGUUUGUGGUUUAUGUUGAGCUUUGUAUGAAUUUAAUGGGAAAUAUUUAAAUAUUAAAGUCAUUUCUGUUUUACA